GGCCUGCGGCUGAGGGCAGGGGCCGGCGGACGGCUGGGGCAUGAGGAGGCCCCGGACUGGAGGAGCCGAGCUGUGGGGGCUCUGAGGGGUGUCAGGCACGGCUGCCCCUCACCGGCCUGCUUUCUCCUCCAGCUCACCGUUUACCUGGGGAAGCGGGACUUCGUGGACCACCUGGACAGAGUAGACCCUGUCGAUGGUGUCGUUCUUGUGGAUCCGGAAUACCUGAAGGAUCGGAAGGUGUUCGUGACGCUGACCUGUGCCUUCCGCUAUGGCCGCGAGGACCUGGACGUGCUGGGCCUCACCUUCCGCAAGGACCUCUUCCUGGCCUCCUACCAGGCCUUCCCGCCCCCCACCGAGGAGGGCCCCGAGCCGCCCACCCGCCUGCAGGAGCGGCUGCUGAGGAAGCUGGGCGGCAACGCCCACCCCUUCAGCUUCCUGAUCCCACAAAACCUGCCGUGCUCGGUGACGCUGCAGCCGGGACCGGAAGACACCGGCAAGGCCUGCGGUGUGGAUUACGAGAUCCGGGCGUUCUGUGCCAAAACCGUCGACGAGAAGAUCCAUAAAAGGAAUUCGGUCCGCCUCGUCAUCCGCAAGGUGCAAUAUGCCCCGGAGAAGCCCGGCCCGCAGCCCAUGGCCGAGACCACCCGCCACUUCCUGAUGUCCGAUCGCUCGCUGCACCUGGAAGCCUCGCUCGACAAGGAGCUCUACUACCACGGGGAGCCGAUCAGCAUCAACGUCCACGUCACCAACAACUCCAGCAAGAGCGUCAAGAAGGUGAAGGUGUCAGUGCGCCAGUACGCAGACAUCUGCCUGUUCAGCACGGCCCAGUACAAGUGCCCGGUGGCCCAAAUCGAGCAGGAUGACCAGGUGGCGGCCAGCUCCACCUUCUGCAAGGUGUACACGCUCACGCCCUCGCUCAGCAGCAACCGGGAGAAGCGGGGGCUGGCGCUGGACGGCAAGCUCAAGCACGAGGACACCAACCUGGCCUCCUCCACCAUAGUGAAGGAGGGCGCCAACAAGGAGGUUCUGGGCAUCCUGGUCUCGUACCGCGUCAAGGUGAAGCUGGUGGUAUCCCGGGGCGGGGACGUCUCCGUGGAGCUGCCCUUCGUCCUCAUGCACCCCAAGCCGCCGGACCAGCCCUCGCCAGCGCAGCCCCAGCUGGCCGCCCCAGAGACAGACGAGCCGGUGGACACCAACCUCAUCGAGUUCGAUACCAAUUACGGGCAGGACGACGACAUCGUCUUUGAGGACUUCGCUCGCCUGCGGCUGAAGGGGCUGAAGGACGACAAGGACGACGACUACUUCUGCUAGGGGGCUGCGGCCAGAGGCGCCCGGCCGCCCCCCGGGACCAGCCAAGGGCGAGGAGAGGCGCAGCCCCGUGCCCGGCCCCCCCGCCCUGGCGUCCAUCGUGCUGCAGCGGGGAGGGCCCUCCCCACAGGGGCCUUUUAAUGUGACCAAGAGUGGGCAGGGGGCUGCCUCAGCCCCCUCCUCCCCUCCCCUCCCCUCCCCUCCCCUUGCUGCUACUGCAUAUUUUUCAAGACGGAUUUUAACUUCUAAGGAACCCCCCUCCGCCCCGUCUAACGCACUGGAACCAUUGAUCGGGCAUUAUCCACCCCCUUCAUGUGUACGCCUUCAGGGUCCCCAGGCUGCCCCCAUCCCACACCCUGUUCCGCACGGUCAGGGGGGUGUCGCCAAGGGAACCCCCCCAUCAGUUGGGGGGCAAAUAGGAAAAAACUGCUGCCCCUGUAGAAGCCGCCCGGGCAGGGACAGGCCUCUGCCGCCCGAGGGCCUGGGGGGCUUUGCUCUGCCCAGGACAGGGACGUGUGCUCCGCCGUGGGGCAGCCGUGCCAAGCCGCCCCCACCCCCCCUUUGUAGACCCCUCUCAGGACCGCCUCCGAGUGCCAGCAGGUGAAGGGAACAAGCCCAGUUGCCACAGCGUCCGAGCCGAGCACACAAGAGAAUAAAACCCUUAACAGAGA